AUGUCGAAACGCGAAGAGAAGACCCCCGAACCUGUGGAGGGCGUCACGGAUUUGGAACGCGUGGUCACUGCCACACACCAAGCGGCGGAUGAUGCAGAGAAAGAGAAUGGGCUUGUGGCUGUGGAUACAUCGGCUUCUGAGCGCUUGCCGUUUUCGAAAGCACGGUGUGUGGCGCUUGUUACGACGAUUGCUGCGGCGCCGUUUUUGAGCACCAUGGCGGUUCAAGCAUCGGUUAUCAUUUUACCUACUAUCGGGGAGGAAUUGGAUAUCCCAGUUAGUCGUCAGCAGUGGAUUAUCUCCGCGUACAACCUUACAUUUGGCUGCUUCCUGCUACUAUGGGGCCGUCUAGCAGACGUCUACGGCCGACGAAUGAUCUUCCUCUGGGGCUCCGCAGCCUUCACCCUCACAUCAAUAGUAACGCCCUUCAUCCCCAAUGAAAUCGGCUUCGACAUCUUCCGCGGUCUUCAGGGUCUCGCCGCCGCCGCCAUGGCACCAACUGCUCUCGGCAUCCUCGCAUCUACCUUCCCACCCGGAAAGACCAAAGAUAUUGCUUUUGGAUGUUUUGGCGCCGGAGCGCCACUUGGCGGCGUGUUGGGCAACAUCUUCGGUGGUGUCGUGGGCGAGUUUCUGGAUUGGCAGUGGGUGUUCUGGCUGUUUGGGAUUAUUGCGGGGAUUUCUACGGUUGCGAGCUACUUCGUUAUCCCGAUUCCGCCGUUGGGGCCUGAACCCGUGUUGCGCAACACGGUGGAUUGGAUCGGCGGAUCGCUCAUCACCAUCGGUCUCGUCAUCCUCGUAUUCGCACUCUCCGAGGGCAACGUCGUGGGCUGGAGUACGCCAUGGGUGCCCGUUCUCAUCGUGCUCUCACUAAUCAUCAUCGCCGCAUUCGGCUUCUGGCAGCACUACCUCGAGCACAAGACAGAAAGACGGCCGUUGAUGAAGAUGAGUAUCUUCAAAAACGGCAAGUUCACUGCUGCCAAUGUGCUCAUGGCGCUGUUCUUCUCGUCCUUCAACAACUACCUCAUCUUCGCAACCUACUGGUUUCAGGACUACCAAGGCCUUUCCGUUAUCCAAACCACGCUGCGUUUUCUACCGAAUGGCAUCACGGGGAUUCUGGUGGCUACGAUUACGGGGCAGAUUCUGUCGCGUGUGCCGGGCGAUUAUAUACUCACGUUUAGUACUAUCUGUGUGAGUAUAUCCUCCUUACUUUUCGCAAUUCCCAUUCCGGUGCAUACGACGUAUUGGGCAUACGGCUUCCCGGCUAUGGUACUCUGUGUCUCGGGUGCGGAUACCAUCUUCCCUGUUCUCACGUUGUUUGUCGCUAAGACGCUGCCGGCGGAGGAUGCUUCGCUGGGAGGGGCGCUUAUUACGGCUACGGCUGUUGUGGCUAGGGAGAAGGGGUUAAGUGUGGAUCAGAUUGGUGGUGAAGGUCAUAAGACGGUGCCUUGGGAUGAUGCGCUCAAGGUGGGUAUUAGGACGACGGCUUGGUUUAACUUUGUCUGGGCGAACGUAACGAUGGCAUCGGAGAAGAAUGAUGCACCCGCCGCAUCGACCUCUUCCGCGAGCGAUGUGGAAAUCGUCCCAGGCACCAUCAACGAAAAGAAGUUACUCAGGACAUUGGAUCUAAGACUCCUACCCGCGGUGUCAAUCUUGUAUCUGCUCAGCUUUCUUGAUCGCAGCAAUGUCGCCAACGCACGUAUCGAAGGCCUGACAACCGACCUAGGCAUGACAGGCAACCAAUACCUCACCGGCCUAACCCUCUACUUCAUCGGCUACGUCCUCUUCGAAAUACCGUGCAACAUCGUUCUCAAACGUACAACGCCGAAGUUCUGGUUGCCUACGCUUACGGUGGUGUGGGGUGUUGUGGCUACGCUGAUGGGGGUUACGCAGAACCUGUCUGGCUUUUUUGCGGUGCGCUUCUUCUUGGGGAUGGCUGAGUCUGGGCUGUUUCCUGGUGUGGUGUAUUAUUUGAGUAUGUGGUAUAAGCGCAAUGAGCGCCAGUAUCGCAUUUCGCUGUUUUUUAGCUGCGCGAGUCUUGCGGGGGCUUUUGGUGGUAUCCUAGCAUACGGAAUCGCGCAUAUGCGUAACGAAGGUCUGCUCACAAUCAUCAUCGGAAUCAUCGCGUACUGGUUCAUUUCAAACUACCCUGCCACCGUCAGCUGGCUCAGCAAAGAAGAAAGAGCGUUCGUGCAAGCGCGUCUCAAAGCCGACAGCGACGCGACGAACGACGAAGCAUUUUCUUGGGCUGAGGUGUUGCUCGCGGCAAAAGACAUCAAAAUCUGGCUCUACGCUUUUGCCUUCCACACCAUGAGUCUCCCACUAUACACUCUAUCCCUCUUCCUACCAACAAUCAUCCGCGACAUGGGCUACACAUCCGCCCAAUCCCAACUCCUCACCAUCCCCCCCUACGCCGUCGCAACCCUCUUCACAAUCUUCUGGGCCAUCCUCUCCGAACGCUACGCCCGCCGCGCCCUCUUCAUCCUGACCACCUCCACCGUCGCAAUCAUCGGCUACAUCAUCCUCCUCGCCAACACAGAUCCCAAAGCACGCCCAGGCGUGUCUUACGUAGGAACCUUCUUUGCGGCUAUCGGCAUCUACCCUUCCGUCGCCUUGGUCCUCUGCUGGCCCGCUAUCAACGUUAGUGGGCAGACGAAGCGCGCAACGGCGAAUGCCAUGCAGAUUAGCAUUGGGAAUUUGGGGGCGGUGCUGGGGACGCAGUUGUAUCGCGCGAAUUCGGGGCCGAGAUAUGUGCUUGGGCAUAGUUUUGCGCUGGGGUAUUUGUGUUUGAAUCUAGUGGUUGUGGGGGUGUUGUGGGUAUUGUUGAAGAGGGAAAAUGCGGAGAAAGAGAGGGUGUUGGUAGAGAGGCCGCAGACGGGCGGGUUUCAUGAUAGUGUUGAGGAUGUUAAGAUGGGGGAUCGGCAUCCGAGGUGGAGGUUUCAGGUUUGA